AUGGUCACGAGAAUCGGCCCGUGCUACGGUUCACCAGUCCCCGUCGUAAGCGUCGGAGAGUUCAGCAUUACAACGAAAACUCACGACUCUGCCGUCAGCGGAGAUAUUCACAUAUCGAGGAAUAUUGAGAAUGGUUGGACUUUAAAGGCCACGAUGCAGAAAUGCCAAGAUUUGCGGAACACGGACACGUGCGACUACUUCAGGUCUUACUACAUCCUGAAGGAUGGCUGCAGCAGCGACAGCGGAGAGGAAGCAGAACUUUACACCAUGAUUUUUCAUUACAUCGAACCGAAUAUGGACUGUCCGAUCCAAGCCGGCGAUUACUAUUUGUCCCAGUUCCCAGUGUUCACAGAGGACAAUUACUUGACAGUUCACGAAUCUAAAAUAUCGACUAGCGUCUUCGGCUACACUUAUACGUUGGAAGGAUUUGACAAAAAAAAUGAAACGAUAUUUUGUUUGGAAGCGUUUCUGCAGCUACUGUAUAUCCGCGACCACAACUGGUUGGCGAAACCGAAGCUCAACAACGAAAUCAAGAAGAAAACUUCUAGUGAAGAUGAUAAUGAAGAAACUUCAUAA